AUGGAUUUCGUUCGCGACUGCAAUACUAUUUCUUUCUCUUUAACUACUGGUCGGCGGAAUGUGGAGAAUAUUAUUGUUGCACUUCCAAAGGAUAUCAUGAUUUUUAUUCUAAACAAGUUAGACCUGGUGAGCUUCCAUAACUUUAGUAAAGUCUGCCUGUCCUGGCAAUGGAUUGCUCUUGCUGCCAAAAACAAAAUCCCAUGGAUUUUCAGUCUCUUUAAUAGCAAGCUUUUCAGGUUAGAAUUGCCGCCUGAAGUAUAUGAGACUAAGUGUUGUGGGUCUAACUGGGGAUGGUUGAUAAUGGAGGGUAUUAAUCAAGGAAACAAUUUCCUUUUGAACCCAAUGACCAGGGUACUAAUUGGCCUUCCACCUAAAGCUACUCUUCCUUCUCUCAAUCACAUUGACAAGGCUAUAUUGUUGUCGCCUCCUCUUGACAAUAAAAUUGGAUCCCUUGUGGCGACUAAUGAUUGUGUUGUCAUGGUGAUCUAUUCAUCCUUGGAGUCCGAUUCAUUGGGUCUAGGCUGUUUAGCCUUCUGUAGACUAAGGGAUGAGAAGUGGACUGCCAUUGAAAAUAACCAUUCUUGGUUUGAAGACAUUAUAUUCUACAAUGGAGUAGUGUAUGCCAUUAAUUUCAAAUUUGAUAUUGUACUUGUGGAGUUUGACCCUAAUCCAAAAGGGACAAGGUGUCACAUCGCUCCUCCAGCAAGAGAAUUUGACUCCCGUGCAUUGAAGGACAUUUAUUUGGUGGAAUCUCUUGGAGAGUUGUUGGUGGUUUUAAGAUGUCGUUUGUUUCUUAACCAAUCUGGUACAUUCAAGAUAUUCAAGUUAGAUACAAAGGGUAGAUGUUGGAUUAAGGUGGAGGACUUGGGUGAUCAAAUGAUAUUUAUUAGCAAAACAAGUACUGGUUUCUCUCGCUCAGCACUUGAUUACCAUGGAUUUAGAAGAAAUUCCAUAUAUUUCUAUCUUAAUGAAUCGAAAUGUGACAAGUUAGGGGAGUUUCACUUAGAAGAUGACAGCAUUUCAAGUUUUGACCUAGAUUAUUGGCACUCCCUUCCAUUUCUAUCCAUUUGGUUCACAUCAACUUCUAGGUUGUGA